AUGCCGCCCCCGCCCCCGCCUCCGCCUCCGCCUCCGGCGCCUCACCCUCCUCUCAGCGCCCAGCGCCUCCCUCUCCCGCCCGCGGCCUCGCCUCCCGCCUCGCUCCUCCUCGCGCCGCGCCCCUCCCCAUCCAGCGCGCUCGCGCUCCUCUUCCCGGACUCCUCCGCGCGCCUCUUCCCCUCCCUGCCCGCCCCUAGCCCCGCCGCCCCGCCCGCGCCCACCUCCGUCCCGUCCCCGCUCGCCGCCGCCGCCUGCUUCGCGCUCCUGCUGCCCUCCUCCCACCUCCUUUUCCUCUCCGCGCACCCGUCCCCCUCCUCCCCAGCGGUUCACCUCCGCGCCUACUCCCUCGCCUCCGGCCGCUUCUCCCCCGCCCCGCUCUCCCUCAAGCGCCAGGCCUCGGCCUCCGGCCUGCCCCUGCACGCCCUCCCGUUCGGCCUCGGCGUCCGCCUCGCCGGCGGGGUCAACGCCGUGGCUCUGCUCUCCCUCUCCGCCGGACAGAUCUGGGUGUUCGCCCCAAGGAUGGCUGCGGACGGGCGUACGGUGGAGUUGCACAAGUGCGCGGUCAUCGAGCUCGAGACGUUGCGGCCGGUGUACUCUAUGGAGAUUGCCAUGGGGAGGCUGCUCCUCGGUGAGGCUGGUGGUUUGCGCGUGUUCCCGCUACAAGGUUUGAUGAAGAGUGGGACAGAGAGGGAAGGGAGGAAGGACGGUGGAGGGGCAGCAGUAAAGAAGAGCAUCUACAAGAAGAAUGGAAUUCGGAAUGGUUUUAUCGUGCCAAUUGGGCAUGUCAGUGGCGACGAAGGUGGUAAAGGAGGAGCUGUUUCCACCUGUAAGCUGACAACUUUGAGAGUAAAACAGACUUCGGGCAGCUAUGGUUCUUUCUUUUCCUCAUUUAGUUCUAAGGAUCAUCAUUACUCACAAGGUGGCAUAGAAGUAUCAAAAGUAGAGAAAGUUGUUUCAAUUCAUCCUCUCUCCAAGGACAAGUUUAUGGUACUUGAUUCAGCUGGAGUGUUACACGUCUUCAAUCUUCAAAACAAAGAUCUGUUCUCAGAAGCUACCAGCAAGAGAUAUAGUGGAAGUCGCACAUACUGUUUGGACAAUGCCAUGAAAGUGCAGCUGUUUGCUGUCUUUCCAAGUAGCUCUACAAAGACACAAAUCUUUUGGGUUUCAGAUGGUGGGCAUUCCAUACACAUAAUGUCAGUGAUUGAUGCUGAACCCCCUAACAGUGAGAAUGGAGGUGGUGAUGGAAAAAUUGAAUUAACAACCAUUAAGCUCACAGCUAUUGAAGCAAUCUUUACAAGUGAAAAGGUUCAGGACAUUGUACCUAUCUCCAAGGAUUCAGUCCUUAUCCUUGGUCAAGGCAACAUUUUUUUGUAUGGAACUGCUUGAAUUUUGUUGAUACACCAUAUAUGCGGUAAACCUAUCUGAAGAACCUUAUGUCAUUUUAGUCCCUUUCUGCACUGAUUGGUUGGCCUGCACCCACCCACACAUAAUCUUUGAUAUCAGAUGGGAGAUGUGAAUGUUGUUUAGAACAUGGAUUUGCAGUUUUGAUGGGUUUUUGACUGAAGACAGGUGUUGGAAAUUUUGAAGAAUGCAGUUGGCCUGUCGUUGAAGCCAUGAGUAUCACUAGUCGUUAAGUUCAGUUAGCAGAUGAAAAUGCUCAUGACUUCAGCAGCAACCAGUAAGAGCUGAAAGGUGCAGGCCCUUCUCUGUCUCAUCAACUGUCUGGAAGCAACAUUACAAAAGUACAAGCUGUCUUUCAGCACAGCUCACAGCAACUUCUGAACAGGUGAUGCCAGAGUAUUCACGGAUUACAAUCACCCAGUUGUUUCUGCAUUCACAUUUCCAUGCCAGGACAACUGCAGUUCUUGUUGCGAUAGCUGAAAGAAGGCAGGGCUGCAACCCUAUGCCCAGGCUCAGUAGUCGUGGAAUGUGGAUCAUCGUCAAGUGGGUCGGUUAUGAAAUUAGCCAAUUAGCAUCUGGUUGUCGACAAGGAUUUUGAUCUUGGCGCAGUUCAGAGACUGGGCCUUGAGUCCGUGGUGUCCUUUUAUUAGUGGGUAUUUCCUUCCGAAUACUUGAGAAACCAAUAAUUUGUCAUGUUUAAGGUCUGGUUUUCACAGUGUGCACAUUAGUGUGAUGUGAGCUCGCGAACAUGAAAUAGUUGUGCCUGUUACUGAAAUCAAAGUUUAGUUAUUUGCUCAAUUUGCAAA